AUGUCAUUGAUUCUCUUAAUAGCCAUUACUCUUUUCACAGCUUUCAUUUUCUCAAAACUCAUUAGGGUAAGGAGAGAAAGUGGUUUAAAAAAUCUUCCCAAAGGGUCUCUUGGAUGGCCUGUCAUAGGAGAAACGUUUAGUUUUCUUCAAUCCCAGAGGAAAGACCGAGGGCCCGAGUGGGUUAAAGAAAGAGUAGAUAAAUAUGGGAAAGUGUUCAAGACAUCAUUGAUGGGAAGCAAGACAGUGGUCUUUGUUGGCCUCGCAGGGAAUAAAUUCGUACUCGGAUCUGAUGAAAGUGUUUUUGUCGGUAAACAACCAAAGACUAUAGCUGCUAUGGGCGGAAAAUCCAACAUAUUUUCACUUACAGGAUCAAGAUACAAGUUAGUAAAAGGUGCAAUGUUGAGCUUCUUGAAGCAAGAAAACAUUCAAAACUAUGUCGGACAAAUGGAUGAUCAAGUCACUUCCUUGUUGCUCAAUGAAACAAAAGAAGUUGACAUCCUUUACAUUGUCCCUUUCAUGAAAAAUGUCACGUUUGAAAUUGCAUGCACCAUCCUCUUCGGCUUCCAAGACCUGACUAUAAAGAAUAUAUUCCUUGACGAGCUCAAGGUGGUCCUCGAGGCUAUAUGGUCUAUUCCUGUGAACUUUCCAGGAACACUUUAUAGGAGAGGCUUGCAAUCGCGAACAAGGCUUGUUAAUCAUCUUCUUCCCAUUAUUAGGAAGCGUAAGGAGGAUCUAGCCAAGGGGGCUUGUUUACCUUCAAAUGAUGUGUUGUCAUCCUUUGCAGCUUUGAGAGAUGGGGAUGAGAAGCCUAUUACUGACGACGAGAUUGUGGACAACUUCAUUACCUUGAUAAUAGCUAGUCAUGAUACUAGUGCAAUUCUUUUGAGUCUCAUGGUAUUGAAGAUGUCAAGAGACAAGGAUAUCUACAACAAAAUCCUACAAGAGCAAAUGGAAGUCAAGAAAAUUAAAGAAGAAAAGGGCGAGAAAAAACUAACAUGGGCAGAUAUGCAAAAAAUGAAGUAUACUUGGAGAGUUGCUCAAGAGAUGAUGAGAAUAAUUCCUCCCGUGUUUGGUAACUUUAGAAUGGCUAGCAAAGACAUAUGUUUCGAUGGUUUCGACAUACCAAAAGGGUGGCAGGUUAUGUGGCUAUCAUGUGCCACACACAUGGAUGAGAAUAUCUUUCAUAAUCCUAAGGAAUUUGACCCUAGUCGCUUUGACAACCCAUCAAGAGUAAUUCCACCUUAUGCAUAUAUUCCAUUUGGAGGAGGAAUGCACACUUGUAUUGGAAACGAGUUUGCGAGAGUGGAGACACUCACAACAAUCCACAAGUUGGUGACAAUGUUCGAGUGGUCACCGGUUCACCCAAAUGAAGAAAUCACCCGUCGACCUAUGCCAUACCCCUCAAUGGGCCUUCCGGUCAAGAUCAAGCCAAGAAUGGAUAACUAA